AUGCGUGGCGCGGUGCUGGUGGCCAUCGCCGCGGCGAUCGGCAACAUGCUGCAGGGAUGGGACAACGCCACCAUCGCGGGCGCCGUCCUCUACAUCAAGCGCGACUUCCACCUCGAGUCCCAGCCCGCCGUGGAGGGCCUCCUCGUCGCCACCUCCCUCAUCGGCGCCACCCUCAUCACCACCUUCUCCGGGCCCGUCUCCGAUUCCGUCGGUCGCCGCCCCAUGCUCAUCGCCUCCUCGCUGCUCUACUUCCUCGCGGGCCUCCUCAUGCUCUGGUCCCCCAGCGUGCACGUCCUCCUCCUCGCGCGCCUCGUCGACGGCUUCGCCAUCGGACUCGCCGUCACGCUCGUCCCCGUCUACAUCUCCGAGACGGCGCCGCCCGAGAUCCGCGGUCUCCUCAACACGCUCCCGCAGUUCACGGGAUCCGGCGGCAUGUUCCUCGCCUACUGCAUGGUCUUCUCCAUGACGCUGGCGCCGCAACCGGACUGGCGCCUCAUGCUCGGCGUCCUCUCACUCCUCUCCCUCCUCUACCUGCUCCUCACCGUCUGCUACCUCCCGGAGUCCCCACGCUGGCUCGUCAGCAAGGGCAGGAUGAAGGAGGCCAGGACCGUGCUCCAGAUGCUCAGGGGACGGGACGACGUCGCGGGGGAGAUGGCGCUCCUAGUCGAAGGCCUGGGAACCGCUGGAGACACGGCCAUCGAGGAGUACAUCGUCGGGCCCCCGGGCCCCGCCGACGAGAACGCCAACGCGACAGUCCUGUACGGGCCCGAGCGCGGCAUGUCGUGGGUGGCGCAGCCGCUGCCGCUCGGCGCGCAGGGCAGCAUGCUGGGAAGCGCCAUCGGCCUGGGCUCGCGCCAGGGCAGCAUGCUGGACCACCUCAAGGACCCCGUCGUCGCGCUCCUCGGCAGCGUGCACGACCUCAAGCCCCCCGUCGCGGCCGACGCCACGAGCACCCGCGGCAGCAUGCUCUUCUCCAACCUCGGCAGCAUGCUCAGUUUCCACGACAACAAGCAGGCGCCCCUGGACUGGGACGAGGAGAUCGCCGGCGGCCACGGCGACGGCUGCCAGUCGGACGACGAUGCCAGCGGCACGGGGGAUCUCCGCGCGCCGCUGCUGGACGCCCGAGGGCUGAGCAGCAUGACGGGAGGAGGCGACACGGCCACCACCAUGGGCAUCGGCGGCGGCUGGCAGCUGGCGUGGAAGUGCACGGACGGGCCGGAGGGCGGCGUGAAGAGGAUGUACCUGCACGAGGAGGCGGGCGGCGGCGGCGAGGACGGCGUGCACGCGGCGGCGCUGGUGAGCCAGUCGGCGCUGUACCAGCACGCCGCCAAGCAGCAGGGGGACGGGGAUGUGCACGGACCGGCGUUCGUGCACCCAGCGGCGGUGUCAGAGGAGGCCGCCAGUGGCGGCGGCGCGGCGCGGUGGCGCGAGCUCCUGGAGCCGGGGGUGCGUCACGCGCUGGUGUGCGGCGUCACGAUGCAGGUGCUGCAGCAGUUCUCGGGCAUCAACGGCGUGCUCUACUACACGCCGCAGAUCCUGGACCAGGCCGGCGUCAGCGUGCUGCUGGCGAGCCUGGGGCUGAGCGCCGACUCCACGUCCAUCCUCAUCAGCGGGCUGACCACGCUGCUGAUGCUGCCCACCAUCGGCGUGGCGAUGCGGCUGAUGGACGCGUCGGGGCGGCGGAGCCUGCUGCUGUGGACGAUCCCGGUGCUGAUCGCAUCGCUGGCGGCGCUGGUGGCGGCGAGCGUGGUGCCGAUGGCGGCGACGGCGCACGCGGCGGUGGCCACGGGGAGCGUCAUGGUGUACCUGUGCUGCUUCGUCAUGGGGUUCGGGCCCAUCCCCAACAUCCUGUGCGCCGAGAUCUUCCCGACGCGGGUGCGGGGGCUCUGCAUCGCCAUCUGCUCGCUAGCCUUCUGGCUCGGUGACAUCGCCGUCACCUACAGCCUGCCGGUGAUGCUCAGAUGGGUGGGGCUCACUGGGGUGUUCGGCUUCUACGCCGUCGUCUGCUGUCUGGCGCUGGCCUUCGUGGCGCUGCGCGUGCCGGAGACCAAGGGCCUGCCCCUCGAGGUCAUCAUCGAGUUCUUCAACGUCGGAGCCAGAGGGCUGCCAGCCAUGGCGGCCGAUGCAGAGCAGGAUCACCAUUGA